AUGGCUGAAGAAGAGCAGGUGAUUGAGAUGGCAGCUCUCGGCCGCCCGUUCCAGCUGGGGAUGCUCUACGACUGCCGAAGGGACAACCUCAUCCCAGGUAAAUGGACGAUCCCUCUGCCUCUCCCGGUGCCCAGAGAAAAGGAGAUUUUCUGGCAAACCACCAUGAGCCAUUUUGGGGGCUGGGUAGUGGUGGGGGGUGGCAACCCUCUUUCCUCUCAAACCCUCUAAGAAGGCCUCAAAGGUGGUGGCCGGAGAGUCUUGGGAUUUUAUUUGGCCAUCAACAUUUCAGCUCCAGUUUGUGAUGUUGUGGUGAUGCCACUUUCUGGAAGGCGCCAAAACUGUCAUGGAAUUCUACUCUUAUUGAUCCGGAUCAGAACUCCAAUGUAUAAUUAGCAGAGUAAAAACUUAAACACGUUGCAGGAUUCCCCCAAAAUAGACCAGAGGUGAUGAAUACUUCAUCCAGCAGACCUUUACUGUUACUGAAGGCAACUGAGCGAAAUGGUCACAAAUCCAUUCAGGAUUGGCACUGCCCGUAAGAAGUCCAGUUGCAGCAGACUUAACUUAAACUUACAAUAACAUAAUAAGAUUAAAACUUAACACUACAUACAGAACACCACACCAGAAGGAAGAGCUAGAAAAGAGUGAAACCCACGCUCCUUCUGGCCUUAUGAUUACAGUGGUACCUCGGGUAACAGACGCUUCAGAUUACAGAUGCUUCAGGUUACAGACUCCGCUAACCCAGAAAUAGUAACUUGGGGUAAGAACUUUGCUUCAGGAUGAGAACAGAAAUCGCCAGCGGCGGCAGCGGGAGGCCCCAUUAGCUAAACCGGUACCUCAGGUUAAGAACAGUUUCAGGUUAAGAAUGGACCUCCAGAACGAAUUAAGUUCUUAACCUGAGGUACCACUGUAUAGUCAGCAUGACCGUGACAGAAAGAGAUAACAGGACUGCUUCUCUGAAGGAAUAACCCAAACAUCAUGAACCUUCUGCUUGUUUCUUUCACACAGAGAAACUUCCCAUAUCCCCUUGAACUAAUUAGAAUAGGAAAGAUCUCUACACAUCAGAUCAAUACUUUCUGUACCAAGAAAUGCAAACGGACACAAACCUGUUCUCCACUUCCUCUAAAGUUUUCUUCCUCCUCCUCAACAGAAGCCUCUGCUUUUCAGCCUCAAGUGCAGGAAGGCAGGGAAGAGAUCAGGGGUGCAGUCACUGAUUUUGCCGCCGGGACCACAUAACACUGGUCCUGAGAGAUCUGCAUUGGCUCCCAGUACGUUUCCGAGCACAAUUCAAAGUGUUGGUGCUGACCUUUAAAGCCCUAAACGGCCUCGGUCCAGUAUACCUGAAGGAAUGUCUCCACCCCCAUUGUUCAGCCCGGACACUGAGGGCCUUCUGGCAGUUCCCUCACUGCGAGAAGUGAGGUUACAGGGAACCAGGCAGAGGGCCUUCUCGGUAGUGGCACCUGCCCUGUGGAACGCCCUCCCUUCAGAUGUGAAGGAAAUAAGCAGCUAUCUUCUCUUUAAAAGACAUCUGAAGGCAGCCCUGUUUAGGGAAGUUUUGAAUAUUUAAUGCUGUAUUGUUUUUAACACUUUUUUUUAAAGCGUUUAUUAAUUUUCCAAUUAAAACAUCUAAUUAACAUAUCAAAUCAAAUCCAAAGAAAAUAAAAAACUAAAAUAAAAAAAGUCCAAUUGUCUUCCAAAUUGUAAUAAUUUUUGUUUUGGCUUCCCACGGUCUGAAUUCCGAAGCGCUUUCAACAUCAUAGUCCUGCCUCUCAUCAUCAUCAAUGUUUUUCAUAAUUCCAUAUCCGAUCUUUUCCUCCAUGUUUUGACUCUGGUUCUGCGAUCCUCAUUCAUGUCAGAAAACAGAUACUUUUUUUCCCUAUGGAGUGCAGAUUUGUCCGUAUAUUGUAUAUUGUCCGUAUAUCGCACGGCUUCAUUUAAUUGCAUCCACAUUCAGAGUUCUGUCCAGCUCUUUGAGAAUUGUUAUUUUGGCACCUCCCAAAUCGUUAAUCUUUCCCGUCCAGGUGUUAUGAAAGAAACAGAGAGAAACCUCCUUCUGAAACUCCUUGUUGAUUUAUUCUUAAGCAGAUUGUUUGCAAUGUAGCCAUAUAUCAGACAGUUAACAAUUGGCCUUUGGAAUCCACCCAGUCCCCUCUCCGGGCCCUAGAGGGGGGCUGCCAAACAUCCAUUUAGCCCUCUCUGUCGCUCAUAAUAAAAAACUUCUUUUUGCAAACAGUUGUAUAUAUAAUAUUGUUUCCAGUCUUUAUAACCAACCAUCAGUUAGCUCCUGUAUCUCUUAAUCAGGGAAGUAUUUCAGAUAUUCCAUAAAUGCAUAGUGGGUAGACGCCAUUUUUGCUCUUUGUUCUUUUGUUUUCGUCUUUAACAGGCAUUUCAAAUCUUAGAAGAAAAGCAGCUGCAGAUAAGUCCCAAUUAUAUAUGAAAGUCCAUCUGUACUCACUUUUUGAAGAGCAAUUUAGGUUCUUAAUGAGGCUUGGCAUGCAAUACGGAUUGUUAAUGUUAGAGGAAGAAGAAAAAACUUACCGAGCCCCUCCAGAUUCCAAACAUCAUGAUGAGGAUCUCUUUGAAGUUUGAUCUUUUGCACCAGAGACUGUACAUUCUGCAGGUUUUCCCCCAGCUUCGUCAGUUCAGAGUGUGUCUGUUUGUUUUUCACAUCUUUAUAUUUCCCCAAACAGAUGCGUCCGGCUAUGGGGUGGCAUCGCAGGAGUGUCAGUCCGUCCCUUGCUCUGUGACCCAGUGCUCCUGCCGUCUGCCACAUCGGCAAUCUGGGGCAAACUGCGAGACAGUCCGCCCCUGCCUUGGGGAGGCUGCCAGGGCUAAUUACCCCCAUAUCAGCCCUGAAUUAUCGGAAAGGCUGAAGUCCGAUCGUGUGGAAUCCGCCAUUUUCCACCGCAGGAAACAGGAAGCCACUGUAUUGUUUUUUAACACUUGAUUGGAAGCCACCCAGAGUGGCUGGGGAAACUCAGCCAGAUGGGCGGGGUAUAAAUAAUAAAUUAUUAUUAUAUUUCUUUCCGUCCUUUCACCCGGCAGUGACUGCCAGCCGCCCCACAGCAUCAUACAGCUGUACUGGCUGGGGCUGACGAGAGCUGUGCACCCACACAGCUGGAGAGGGCUCUGGAUGGCUAUUAGCCAUGACGGUUAUCACAGAUGGAGGCAGUACUGUGAGAACAGCAUCCUGGACUAGAAGGGUCCAGCAAGACUCUUAUGCUCGUUUACAUCACACUGCCCUCACUCUCCAUUGGACUUCACUUGCCAUCAGUGAUGGUAGCACGUAGCCAAAUCUAGCAUCUGGUCAGCCACCGUGAGGACAGGAUCCUGGACUAGAUGGGCCCCUUUGGCCUGAUCCAGCAGAUGCUCUUCUGAUGUUCUUAUGUUGCAUAAGUCUUUAUUGUCUCCCAGUAGCCAAACCUAGGAAGAUGUGGAUUGUCGUAUUCUUUUGCAACCGCAAUAGAACUGUCUGCAUACACAUUGGCGAAGGGAUUGCGCAUAACAGAGCAUACAAUAUUUCACAUGCAAUUCCACAUCCCAUUGCACUGACCUCUCGCUGCGUCUCUGUUCAAUUGCAGGCAUCACUUUGUGGGAUCCAGGGGUGCUGAAGGAGAACAUUGAUGUGCGGCCACAGCCCAACACUGCAACGCAAGUCGUUGAAUACGACCUGAUCUUACACAAAACCCAUGCACUGAAUGUCUCAGGAUCGUUGAAGGCCAGUUUCUUGGCGGGGCUGGUCAAGGUGGACGGAUCAGCCAAAUUUCUCUUGGAUGCCCGGAAGUCCACACGCCAGGCCCGAAUAACCCUCCAGUACUCGGCCACCACACAUUUUGAGCAGCUGACCAUGCGCCAUAUGGGGCUGCAACAUAUCACUUACCCAGAGGUCUUCAGCGAAGGGCUGAGCACCCACGUGGUCGUUGGCAUCCUGUAUGGAGCCCAUGCCUUCUUUGUGUUUGACCAAAUGUCUUCUUCCUCCGAGAGUGUCCAAGAUAUUCAAGCCAAACUCCACUUGAUGGUGGCCAAAGUUCCUCUGGUUUGCCAAGGAGAGGCAGAGACCAAGCUGAAAGGUGAGAAAGAGGCUGUGGCUGAAAAAUUCAGCUGUACCUUCCAUGGGGACAUUGCGCUAGAAAGCAACCCAACCAACUACGAGGAAGCCUUGAAAGUCUAUUCCAGCCCCCCCAAAAUGCUGGGUGACCAAGGGGAGAAGGCAGUGCCUGUGAAGGUCUGGCUGUACCCACUGAACAGGCUGGAGUCCAAGGCUGCAAGGCUCAUGCGUCAGGUCAGCUCUAAGCUGAUCUCUGACAUCGAGGAAACUCUGGAGCAGCUGGAGGAAGUCGACAGGAGGUGCAACGACCUCCAGAAGGAGCCAACUGCCACCAUCUUCCCAGAAAUCCAUAAGAAAAUGCUGCAGUUCCAAGAUCUGUGCUGGCAGUACAGGCGGGCUUUGCAGAAGCAGGUGGCAGGGCUCUUGCCUGCUAUUCGUGCCAGAGCAGCGCAAGAAGGUGCUUUGGGGGACACCGUGAGGAAGCACCAGCAGUCGGCGUUCAGAAGCCAGUGGCUCCACAAAUUCCUGGAUCUGAAAUUCCGAGAGAUCUAUUACGUCAACUUCUUCCUGGGCUUGUCAAAGGGGAAGGUAUCCUCCCAGGAUGACGUGGUGAAGAGGGUGCUCGAUCACAAAAUGAACAUCGUCCUUGCAUUUACGUUCACCUCAUUGCAAGCGAAGGAGCCCUACUUGGAGAAGUUAAACGCAGCCUUGGAUCAAGUAUCCGAACUCAAGCUAGAGACUUCUGCAGGAGACAAGAGCUUUGCUCCGUGGUUUGAGGACAAAGACCUAUUAAAGAGAGUCCAGAAGGCAGCCAUGGUCUUUGCAGAAUACUCUCUGUUUUCUCAGCUUGGGGAGGCUCAGUUUGUGGUGACCUCGCAGGCCGAUAAGAGUGAUCCAGGUGCUGUGAUCAUCCGAUACCAAAGUGGGUCUCUGGAAGGAACCAAAUUAGACCUUCUCUCUAAACCUCCCCCUCUGCUGGUGGAUGCUGUCUCCUGGGACCGGUUCCAGCUGACAUUUAAGCCAGCAGAGUCUGAGAAAGGGGUGAUCUCGGGAUAUUAUGUCCAGCACAGAGUUCCGGGGGAGGAAAAAUGGGUGUUUGCAUAUGUAAAAGGCAGUCAGGAAAAGUUUUGGGUCACAGGACUGGAGCCAGAAACAAAAUAUGAAUUUAGAUAUGCUGUAGAGACCAAAACAGGCCUCAGUCCGUUCAGUGAUGUGAGCAGAGUGGUGACCACCUGCCAUUCAAGCCCCCCAGGGAAACCAGCCCUGAGGCCUAGAAGUUCCUGCUUCAGCAGCCAACUCCAGGUCACGUGGGGCAGCCCCAGCUUCGUUGCAGCCGGCAUCGUGAUAAAAGAGUACAAGGUGCAGCUCAGGAGAAGAGAAGACAGCACAUGGGAAGAGCAGAGAACAGGAGAGAAAGUUGAGAGCUGUUGGCUCCCCAAACGGUCUCUGAAGAAGGUGGCCGCUGUUCGGGUCAUUGCAGUUUACGGAGACGGGUUUGAGAGCAAGCCCAGUGAGGAGCUGGUCCAAGGAGAGUUUUAG